AUGCAGUCGACGGAGGAGCACAUUACCAGGUUUCAAGUUCAAUGUGGAGAGGCUGGAACCAUUGAUGCACUAAAGUUGAGGCUUUUUCCCAACUCUCUUACUGGGAUAGCCUUCACUUGGUACAUCAACUUGCCACCUAACUCGGUGCAGACCUGGGCACAGUUGGAGGAGAUGUUCCACCAGCAAUUCUACAGGGUAGAACCAGAAGUGACGUUGGUGGACCUCUCAUGCUAUCGUCAAACCCAUCUAGAGUUUGUGGAGUCCUACCUCUUACGUUUCAAAACUGCUCGAUUCAAAUGCAAGAUAGUCCUUCCAGAGGCCGAAUACGUGUGUAUAGCAUUAAACGGCCUGGGCUUUGAAAUGAAGAAGAAGUUUUAUGGAACGGAGUUCAGAGACCUGUUCGAAUUAUCUUCUAAGGCUUCUCAUUAUGAAAAGUUCUUGGCAGAAGAGCAGGACAGGAAGACGACAUCUAAAGGGACGUAUUACCGUGACCCUAAUUACGAGGUUGCUGCAGUGGAAGCAGAGGCAGACCCAGAUGCCUUUGUCAAGAUGGAGCCUACAAAGCAGCUAGCCCAGAACACUUUCAAUAAGUCAACCAGGACCUAUACAUUCAACGUGGGUAGGGCUGAAGCUAUCUUUGAUCAACUCCUGGCCGACAAGUUGCUCAAACUGCCCUUUGGUCACAAGAUUCCAACUCUGGAAGAACUGAAGGGCAAAGAGUAUUGUAAGUAUCACAAUUCUUGGAAUCAUACUACGAAUAACUGCAUAGUAUUUAGAAAUGAUAUCCAGGACAAAAUUGAGCGGGGAGAGUUCAAAUUCCCUGAGAAAGACAAGCAGCCCAUGGGGGUGGAUGAGCAGUCUACAGGUCCAGCCCAGGCAGGGGCUGGGAUCCUUAUUAUGAUGAGGGUGAUGUCAGGACUGAGCGAGUUAGAAGGUUCGAGAAGCAGAACUCUUGGUGGUCCAGACCUUCGGGAGUGA